UCCCGUUACUCCUCCGGGCGGCGAUGAGGGAACAGGCCUCGGCACCCGCAGGGACAGCCCCGCCAGGACCCCGGGCGCCAUGGAGACGGCGUCGCGUUGAGCGCCGCGGAACGAGCACAGGCACUAAAGAAAUGGAGAAGCUCCCUCGGCUGGAAGCUCUGCUGCUCACUGCUGUGCUGGAGAAUUGCAUCGAUCAGCUCGCCAUCCUCGGGUACAUCAUGCCGGUUUCACAGGAGGGCAAGGCAGAUGUCAGCAGUAUCAACAGCCAGGAAAUGAAAGAAAUCACAGACACACAGAAUGUGCAGGACAUUAAGUAUCAAGAGCUUCCCCCUGCAAAGCAAGGGAGUGGGGAAACUGUUACCUCGAAGUCUCUGAAAAGCACUGAACAGAAGCAGCAGCUGGGGAACUCUGCGGAUCCAAAACGAGCCCAACAUCCUUCCAAAAGGGCCACGAAACCCAAUGCUCCAUCUGCAGAAUAUCUCAGAAAAAUUCAGGCUGACAGGCAGUAUGUGAGUGAUGUAAUUACAGCCACUAUGAAGAAGAUGGAGGAAUCGGGAACAUUUGAUAGCCUAAUAGAAGCUAAUGGGAGAGAGAAAGCAAAGAAAAGCAACUUGAAUGACAUCCUCAUCAGGGAAGAGGAAGGAAAGAAGGAGAUAAAGUCACUCCAGAAACAGCUGCAAGAUGUCAAGAAAGAAACUGAAAUAGAACUUCAGAACCGAAAUAACGUGAUCCUCUACCUCAAAAAUGAGCUUCAAAAGGCAGAAGCCAAAGCAGCCAUGGAGCAUCGCUACAUGAAGAAAAGCACAGACCUGCAGGUGCACCAAACCCAGAAGAAGUGCAGCAACGAAGAGAACAGACUGAACAAGGAAAUUGAGGAUUUGAAGAGGAAAACUGACGAGGAGAUCCGAGUGCACGUGGAGGCUGAAAACUUCCUGAGGCAUUCCCACAAGAAGGUGCAAGAGAAGCUGGAAUACUGGAUGGAAAAGUAUGAAAACGACACAGACGCUAAAGAUAAAGAACUCGACGACCUAAAAGAAUCAAAGGCAAAGAACUUGGAAAUGCUGCAGAAAUUUGCCAGUGAGUGCUGGACAUUUGAGGAAACCAUCAUUGCUGACCGGGCACGAAGAGAGGCUGAAAGACGAAAACGAGAGCAGGAUGAGCUGGAGUUGAAGAGCAUCCUGAAGCUGCAGGCCUGGUGGAAAGGUACAAUGGUCCGCAGAAACCUCGGCCCCUAUCAGAACCUGCCAAAGGCUCAAGACAAUGAGCAGGUAGAUCAGAAAGGCACAAAGGAAAAGCCCGGAGCAAAGAAAAAGACGCGCUAAGAAACCUGGACUUGGAUGUACUCUGGGGCUGCUGCUGGGUAAGGCACUGCUGUCUGUGUCCAGCAGCACAAAAUAAACCGUGGAAUAGAACUCGGGCUGUUCUGGAGAACAGAGUUCAUGACGCACAGUUAAGGUGAAGCUCCUGUAACUUCAGACCCCGAGCAGUCUUUGUACAGCAAGAACACCUUUUCCUCAGUAGAAACGGAAACUGCAUUAAAACAGUGAGAAACACGA